AAGAACAUCCCUUUGGUUCAACAUGCACUCUUUUCCCCCGCCAUCAGUUGUCCAGUCAUUAUGGCGGAAUGUAAAAAGCCUACAUCAUGUCCGUCUCCAGCUUCAGUAAUGACCUUUCUAGCUAGAGCUUUGUCCUAUUCAAGGUUGAGUCAACCUGAUCAGUCUGAUGUGUUCAAAUCGCAGACUUCUGUUCACCAGAGCAAUGUUGCACAGCCAGGCCGACGGAGGUUGUCGAGCAGCAACAGUGUUGAGUCUCUGGAUGUGAGCCUCUGUGCUGAAGCGCGAGUCUUGGUCAUCAACACCGGAGGAACUAUCGGGAUGAUGUACCAUAAUAACGUGCUCUCACCCCCAGGGCCUAAUGUGUUUGUGAAGGCUCUGCGAAAGCUUCCCGACCUCCAUGAUGAGCAUUAUGCCCUGCAGACCUGUAUGUCUUACUACGACAGCACGAGUGGCCCACAGGAGAACACCCUUGUCCUGCCGCUGUGUAAACAAAAUAAGAGGAUAGUGUACACUGUUUUAGAGUACAGCCCCUUGCUGGACUCUUGCAAUAUGACCACAGAUGACUGGGCUACAAUUGGGAAGGACAUUGAGAAACACUAUGAGAAGUAUGACGGUUUUGUCAUUCUCCACGGCACGGACACAAUGGCCUACACAGCAUCUGCUCUGUCCUUCAUGUGUGAGCAUCUGGGGAAGCCUGUCAUCCUCACCGGCUCCCAGGUGCCAAUCUAUGAGAUGAGGAACGAUGGAAGAGACAACCUGUUGGGGGCGCUGCUGAUCGCUGGUCAGUUUGUCAUUCCUGAGGUUUGUUUGUAUUUCCACCACAAGCUGUACCGGGGGAACCGUGUAACCAAGGUGGAUUCUGGGAGUUUCAAUGCCUUCAAUUCUCCUAACCUGGCUCCUCUGGCCAAUGCUGAAGUGGAUAUUAAAAUUAACUGGGACACGGUGUGGAGAGCGAACACAACCGCGCAGUUCAGAGUGAGCACUCUGAUGAACCGUAACGUGGGUCUGCUGAGACUCUUCCCAGGCAUCACUGCUGUGACUGUGAAGUCCUUCCUGCAGGCGCCCAUGGAGGGCAUUGUCCUGGAGACGUAUGGUAGUGGAAACGCCCCUGACAACCGCGCUGACCUGCUUGAGGAGUUCCGGAAUGCCACAGAGAGGGGCGUGAUCAUGGUCAACUGCACCCAGUGUCUGAGGGGUUCUGUCACCACAUCGUAUGCCACCGGAAAGGCCUUGAGUGACGCAGGACUGGUGGCAGGCUGUGACAUGACUCCUGAGGCUGCCCUGUGCAAGCUGUCCUACGUGCUGGCCAGGACGGACCUCAGCAUAGAGGCCAAAAAAAAGAUGCUGAGUCAGAACCUGCGGGGAGAGAUGAUCGCUGACCUGCAGGGGGCCAAGCUCACUCUGAGCGACAGUCGCUUCAUCCAGGUCAUCGCCAAGUCCCUGAGCAUCAGCUGUAAGGAGGAGCUAGAAGCCGUCCGGGAUGCUCUGACCCCCACCUUAGCUUGUGCCGCUUCUAAGAUAGGAGACUUGGAGGCUUUGGAUGCCAUAAAGGAGAUGGGCAGUAAUCUAAGUCUGGGGGAUUAUGAUGGACGUACCCCUCUGCACAUCGCUUCCUGUGAGGGCCACCUAAAAGUGGUGCAGUAUCUACUGAGCCAGGGCGCCACUGGCUACGCCAAAGAUCGCUAUGGGGACACACCCCUGCGCAAUGCUGUGCGCUUCAGACACAAAGAGGUGGUGAAGCUGCUGAGAAAAACUGGAGCUCAUUUCUCCAGGGAUGAGUUGGAGGAUGCCGGCUCAGAGCUGUGCAGUCUGGCAGCCAGUGCUGACAUUGAGGGCCUGGAGAUGUGGCACCUGGCCGGGGGAGACCUGGACACGCCAGGCUACGACGGGCAGACGCCGAUGGAGGUGGCUAAGAAUGUGGGGAAUGAAGUUGUGAUUGACUUCUUACACCAGGUCAGCCAGUACCACGCCCAGCCUCUGUUUAAAGAUGAUGCUGAGAAUGAAGAAUACAUUGAGUUCUCAGCCUGUCCAAAAGAAUCCUGAAGACCAAGAUCCUCAACUCUUUUACUUCUUCAUCCAUCACUCUCCCUCUCCUUUUCACUCUCUUACACUGGACAUUUGCACAAGCUUGCAGAUUUUAUUUUGAUUCAUUCAAACCAUUUUACAAUUGAUAUAUUUACGAUAAUCUCAUGUACUGUUGCUUAACUGUAGUUGUAAAAGCACUAGUAGCACAACAUUGGAUAUCAAGUAAUAUGCUUGCACUGUGCCUAGAACAAGCAGCACUAUAUCUGUUUGUUUUGUAUGUCCACAGUAUAUGAUGCAUCUGGAGCAAUUCACUCUGUUUGCAUUAAGAGUAUUAUCAGUGAUCAUUGGAAGCACAGGGUAGAAUGCUGUACCUUAUACUAGGCACUUGAUGGGUAGAAUGCUGUGCUUUUAGAUGUACUUUAUGAAAUGCUUAGUAUAGGGUGCAAUUUAUUCUAAACUGAAAUCCUUGUGAAAUCCUUCUGAACUGAAAUCAUGGUCUGAUGACACAAAAAUAGAACCGUUUGGCCAUAAUAACCAUCGUUAUGUUUGGAGGAAAAAGGGGGAGGCUUGCAAGCCGAAGAACACCAUCCCAACCGUGAAGCACGCGGGUGGCAGCAUCAUGUUGUGGAGGUGCUUUGCUGCAGGAGGGACUGGUGCACUUCACAAAAUAGAUGGCAUCAUGAGGAUGGAAAAUGAUGUGGAUAUAUUGAAGCAACAUCUCAAGACUUCAGUCAGGAAGUUAAAGCUUGGUUGCUAAUGGGUCUUCCAAAUGGACAAUGACCCCAAGCAUACUUCCAAAGUUGUGGCAAAAUGGCUUAAGGACAACAAAGUCAAGGUAUUGGAGUGGCAAUCUUAAAUUGACCUAAAACAGGGAAUUUUUACUAGGAUUAAAUGUCAGGAAUUGUGAAAAACUGAGUUUAAAUGUAUUUGGCUAAGGUGUAUGUAAACUUCCAACUUCAACUGUAUAUAUAUAUAUAUAUAUAUAUAUAUAUAUAUAUAUAUUUUUUUUAGGGUGGGGGCUUGCCUGUUUUGCGUGUUAUUUUGGCAUUAAUGUGUCACAUAUCAAUUUGCAUUUGGUACCUUGGGUCGAGUGUUAGCACAAAACACACGAAACCCCCGUUUCUCAACCGUGUAAUUUGGGGCCAUGUCUUUGCAGAUGUAAGUUGUCAUGGCAGCUGUUAUCUCCUUCCAUCUUCGUGAUUCUUUGCCAUAUGGUGUGCCGCAGGCAAAGCCUCUUGCAACAUCUGAGUCGGGGGUUUGUUUUGACUACUUGACUGUACUUUUUUGGGUCUCAUCUGUAGACUCUCCGUACUGUUUCACAUGAUUCUUGCAUAGGUGGUAAAAGAGGUUAGUGGUGUUUGAGCCUGUUGGCGGGACCGGCCUGCUGCAUAUUUAGCAGAGGAUGGUUUUCUGGCCCGUGUCAGACUUUUCAUACCCAAACCACGUCCAUGCGACCAAAGUAGCGCUCUUUUAUGCACGAGCUCUGUGUCUCCGUGCUCUGUGUCACGUUCACUCUACUCCAUGUUUGUUUGUGUUUCAAAUUUUCUUCUACACGAACGCAAAGCGUCCUCCAAUUGACGAAAAUAUCGCCAUCGAGAGUGUGAUUUGUGACACAACGAAAUAAACGAUAGAGCAUAAUGAAACAUGAUAUACACUGCUCAAAAAAAUAUAGGGAACACUUAAACAACCCAAUGUAACUCCAAGUCAAUCACACUUCUGUGAAAUCAAACUGUCCACUUAGGAAGCAACACUGAUUGACAAUACAUUUCACAUGCUGUUGUGCAAAUGGAAUAGACAAAAGGUGGAAAUUAUAGGCAAUUAGCAAGACACCCCCAAUAAAGGAGUGGUUCUGCAGGUGGUGACCACAGACCACUUCUCAGCUUCCUGGCUGAUGUUUUGGUCGCUUUUAAAUGCUGGCGGUGCUUUCACUCUAGUGGUAGCAUGAGACGUAGUCUACUACCCACACAAGUGGCUCAGGUAGUGCAGCUCAUCCAGGAUGGCACAUCAAUGCGAGCUGUGGCAAGAAGGUUUGCUGUGUCUGUCAGCGUAGUGUCCAGAGCAUGGAGGCGCUACCAGGAGACAGGCCAGUACAUCAGGAGACGUGGAGGAGGCCGUAGGAGGGCAACAACCCAGCAGCAGGACCGCUACCUCCGCCUUUGUGCAAGGAGGAGCACUGCCAGAGCCCUGCAAAAUGACCUCCAGCAGGCCACAAAUGUACAUGUGUCUGCUCAAACGGUCAGAAACAGACUCCAUGAGGGUGGUAUGAGGGCCCGACGUCCACAGGUGGGGGUUGUGCUUACAGCCCAACACCGUGCAGGACGUUUGGCAUUUGCCAGAGAACACCAAGAUUGGCAAAUUCGCCACUGGCGCCCUGUGCUCUUCACAGAUGAAAGCAGGUUCACACUGAGCACAUGUGACAGACGUGACGGAGUCUUGAGACGCCGUGGAGAACGUUCUGCUGCCUGCAACAUCCUCCAGCAUGACCGGUUUGGCGGUGGGUCAGUCAUGGUGUGGGGUGGCAUUUCUUUGGGGGGCCGCACAGCCCUCCAUGUGCUCGCCAGAGGUAGCCUGACUGCCAUUAGGUACCGAGAUGAGAUGCUCAGACCCCUUGUGAGACCAUAUGCUGGUGCGGUUGGCCCUGGGUUCCUCCUAAUGCAAGACAAUGCUAGACCUCAUGUGGCUGGAGUGUGUCAGCAGUUCCUGCAAGAGGAAGGCCUUGAUGCUAUGGACUGGCCCGCCCGUUCCCCAGACCUGAAUCCAAUUGAGCAUAACUGGGACAUCAUGUCUCGCUCCACCCGCCAACGCCACGUUGCACCACAGACUGUCCAGGAGUUGGCGGAUGCUUUAGUCCAGGUCUGGGAGGAGAUCCCUCAGGAGACCAUCCGCCACCUCAUCAGGAGCAUGCCCAGGCGUUGUAGGGAGGUCAUACAGGCACGUGGAGGCCACACACACUACUGAGCCUCAUUUUGACUUGUUCUAAGGACAUUACAUCAAAGUUGGAUCAGCCUGUAGUGGGGUUAUCCACUUUAAUUUUGAGUGUGACUCCAAAUCCAGACCUCCAUGGGUUGACAAAUGUGAUUUCCAUUGAUAAUUUUUGUGUGAUUUUGUUGUCAGCACAUUCAACUAUGUAAAGAAAAAAGUAUUUAAUAAGAAUAUUUCAUUCAUUCAGAUCUAGGAUGUGUUAUUUUUGUGUUCCCUUUAUUUUUUUGAGCAGUGUAUAUCGUCUUAUCGCCCAGCCCUACAAGUGAUAGGCUAAUAUUGUCACCCAUCAGACUAUUCUUGAUUUAAUCUUGUCUUUACAUUUACUAAAUAAUAUAUAUGUGACAUUUGUUUUGAUUUAGAAUAGACCAUUAUCAUGCACUUGUAUCGAAACGGGGAGUUGAAAAAAUACGUUGUCUUUAUAGCCUACCUGGCUGGCAAGUAUGUACUCUAUACUAUACUCUACUUUGUUGUAAAUAUAAGCAAUGUGCUUAAUAUUAGUAAACUUGAGAAAAAUAUAGUAGGCCUAGCCUAUAUAAAGCUGAUGGGAUCCUCGUCUUUUUAUUUAGCAGCUAUCACUCUGUUUUCUUGCGCAAUUGCAUAGCCUAUAGAAAUGUUGCGCAACAUGAGCUCAUGGGCUCUCAUGAAGUGUUUGAUUCGAAAUGUUUGAUUCGUCUCUGGGGCUUGAACUGACAAUUUAUUUAUGGCUUGGUGAUAACCUACAGCCUGCAUUCCAUAGACAUUGUUUCUAAUCGUCCUUGCAUCUGGGAAACCAAGGUGGCUUAUGAUGCCCCGAUCUGCAUGGGAGAGGUGGAAUCAGCCAUGACUAAGUAUUUUUAGGCCUACUAUAUAAGACCUCUGUUUUUUCAUUAUCGUAAAGGCUAUCGGUCCAACACUCGAGUAUGGGGUCGACAGCGUCGUCAUUGCAAUAAUUAAUCAAUAUUAAAUAAAGAUGAUUGUUUUGAAGAAA